AUGGCAGACGAACUCGCCGGAAAAAAUCUGGUCGGGGCCGUAGCUAUCGGUAAAGGGGCUGCAGAAAAGUGUAUGGAGGUCCUAGUCAAGUGCAAAGCAGAACGGAAGCACGUGGCUAUAGCUACGUUCCCGGUGCCAGAUCAAGAGCCAAGAUUUUUACCAGUAUUUCAAAUCAUGGCUUCCUUUAUAACCUGGACCGAGGCUGUGGAUACGCUGAGAAGAGGAGUUUCUGCUAAAAAACUGGUUGUUACUCUUUGA